UUUUAAUAUGUUUUAGUCUAUUAGGGAAUUCUUUGGAAUUUAUUUGUGCAACUUCAAGUUCAAGCAGUAGGCAUAACCGAUCGAGAGACUAUUUUUUUGAAGAAAAGAGAGCAAAGUUAAGGUAAACUCAUAUACUCUUGAUCAUAUUUCUCUUCUUUUGUAUCGCAGGUCGAGAGGCUUAGAAGAAACUUUGGAAAUUGUUGAAACUUAACACAACUGGUGAUGAAGGCUGAAACUUAUCUCCUUUGCUCAAAUUAUUAUAUCAAGGCCAGUCAUACACCAUCUACAAGAUCAUCCUAAGCUGCUUUGUCAUUGCCGGUGGAGGCAGCCACGGAGAAGAUGACAAAGGGCGAUUGAGAGAUGAUUCCUAGCAAGAAGAGGCUUGUAGCGUGAUUCUUCUAGAGCUGCUUUUGUACUGAUCGCCAGUGCAAAGAAGAAGAAGCCGAUGCUUGGGAUGAAGCUGGUUCGCUGACUAGGAGUCUGAAUUUUGACGAUGUGUUGCCAUUUUCUCCUGUCAUCUGGACGUUCGUCAGAGGAGGUUGGAGUAAUCUCUCAAAACUCAGGAGGUUUCGACCAUGGCUACUGCAAUUGGAAGCUGAGUUCGAGAAGUCGCCAGUCGGAUUUUGUUGAUGCAGCGGUUCAAAGCCGAUCCAAUAAGGUUAAAGCAGAGCAUGGAUUCGUCCAUGUCCAGAAGCAGGUGAUCGGAUUUCCAUUCUAGUCGAUACCAUCCAAACUUUGAAGAAGCCGUUGUCUUACUCGUUCAAACUUGCCAUCGCCACUCGUUAGCCAAGAAGAAGAAGUUCAAUUGAUUACGACGAGGAAGAUGAGAAGGUGCAAGUUCGUUGAAGAGGCGGGCCAGAGCUCCACUGUUGAGAUGGUGCCAAUUCGUUUAAAGAAGAAGACAAUGAAGGAAUCCAUUCCAUCACAGGUCGUCCAAAGAAGAGGACAAUGAAGGAGCCAGUUCCAUCGCAGGUCGUUCAAAGAAGAGGAUAAUGAAGGAACCAGUUCCAUCACAGGUCGUUCAAAGAAAAGGACAACGAAGGAGCCAAUCCCAUCGCAGGUCACUAUGUAGCCGCCGGAGAAGAUGAUGGGGUUGUCGUUGUCGGAGGUCGGUGAUUGGAGACUUAUGUGAUGCCGUUGAUGCAGGCUUUUCUUUGCUAAAGCUUAUGUUCAUUGAUGAGGAACUCGAUCGGUUGUUAGUCUGUUGUACCCCUUGCGUGAAGAUGGUCCGAGAAAAGGGAAAUCGAGGUGACCUCUUGUAUUGGAGAAUCAAAGAAUAUACAUUCUUUGAUGGAAAUAAUCCUCCCGAGGUUGAGUUGGCGCUUUUUAGGAGUCUUCGGUCUAAUCACCUCAUAUUACGCCAUCAAAAUCAUUGUAUUGUAGAGCCUUACACUCCUCAUCACUUUAGUUAGUUGCAAGUUUGGGUACUUUCAAGCUUAUGCGCCUGGUUUUCUUGAGAAGCAUAAUUGGCGUGUUACACUUGCCGAUGGAUCUCGACUUUGGCCGCAAUUUGAGCAUGGCCUGUCAUUAGCGAAAGCAGUUUUUCCAACUCCUCCGACUAUUCUAGCGAAGUAUUAUUCCUUGGAGUAUAAAGAAUGGUGGAUCCAAGUUCAUGGUAGCUACCUCGAGAAUCAUGUGGGUGACUUAAUUAAGAUUUGUGAUCUUGCAGUUGGUGAUGUGGUUAUCCCACCAGACCUUGUGACUCCGGUUUCCAAGAAAAAGAAGGUACCUGAUACUGAAGUUAAGUCUUAGUCUCAGAAAAAGGCUAAGCUUGCAGUACCUAGGGAUGAAGUUUUUAUUAAGGAUGUCGAGAAAGAAAUGUCUCCUUCCAAGGCGAGUGAGAAUCAAUCUCUUGAGAACCAGAGCUAUGAUGAGAGGAAUUGGAAACAUCUUCAGAGAAAACAUUCAUGCAGUCCUUGGUGAUGCUGGUUCUUCGAAUCAGGUUUCUUCAUCGAGUUCAAGCGAAGGGGAAAGCGUUGAUUACAAGAUUGUCGCUAAACUGAUUGCCAAAUCUGGUCCUAAUCACUGCAAAGAAGUUUCAACCAACAAGAUACCAAAGUGCUCUCCUGUGGAGCCGGUUGUGUCUGUAUUUCAAGCGAAAGAUCAUUUCUUUUCCAUGUACAAAGAUUUUGUCACCAGAUGCUGGAGGAGUAUUGAAGACAAGUUAAAAAGGGCUUCACGGAGAAUGUCUCUUCUCUUCGAGAAAAUGUUGAGAGUUCAAUCGAGAUGACGGAAAGAGAAGAGAUUGAUCUUUCAAUGUUGAAGGCGAGAGUAAAGCAUUUCUUUAAGAGGACAGAAAGAUUUGAUCAAAAGUGAUUAGCUAUUGCUGACAGUGAAAGAGAUAUGUCCUAGAACUAUUCAUAUGUGUAUGACUUAUAGUUGGAUAUCUGAUGCUUAUUAAUAAGGUUUAUUUUAUUUCACCUUAUAUUCUUAAAUAUAGUAUAUUAUUAUUACUAGUUCACCAAGUAUGUGACUUGGUUGUGGAAUACUAGUCGUUUCGUAAAAUAUACUAUGUCCCUAAUCAUAUCUCUA